AUGCUGAGCGCGGAUGGGAGCAGGUGUGGAGAGCACAAGGACACGCCGGUCGUGAAUGGGAGCAGGUGUGCUUGUAUCGAUGCCUUCAAGAAGGAAGUGACGCCCACGGGCGCCACCUUCGACGAUCAAAGCACCAGGCUCGCUGGGAUUGGAGGCCCCCUUAUUGAUUUGGAUGGAAAAUUUAUGGGAAUCAAUUACUAUGAUACAGAAAUAGGAACCCCGUUCCUGUUUUUUGUUGAUAUCUGGGAAAUUUUGGGUGAUUUGAAGACAAAAAAGGCGAUGAUUGGUGGUCAUGAGGGCCCUCUGAGACAUGACAACGGACCACCAAACAUACCGACAACCGAAACCGGUUCUCGGCUCGGUGUUCGGUCGAAAAACCGUCUAACCGAACGACUGCAGCGGGACCGGCGGACGGGCGGCUCUGAGCGGCUGGGCGCUUGGCUGUGCGCGGUAGCGGAGCAGAGCAGAAGCGGAAGCGACCGGCUGGCCGGCGUCGGGCGCUGGGUGACUCCUGCGCGGCAUGCGCAAGCGCGGCAGCAUGGCAUGUGGCAAGCAGAGCGCAAUGCAAGAAGCGGCGCAGUGGAAGUUGAGUUCUGCAUCAAUUCUGGAAAGAUGUUGCCAAGCAAGAGGGGUGCUGAUGAUCUCACAAGAUUCUCAACUGACUCAUUGAUUUCAGGUUUCUGGAGUGAGCUGAGUUACGAAGUUGCAUCAAAGUUGUCUAGAAGUGUUGUCUCAAUUGCUUUGUCCCAUGGUGAUCUUGUAGGGCAAAAUGUGCUAUUUGCAUCCUCUGGCAUAGCUAUAGAAUGCCAGCCUAACUUCACAAAGUUUGUGACGUCAGUAAUUUUGGUUAGAGCUUUAAAUGAUGAAAGAAAUGGCCAUGAUAACAUUAAGAUUGAAGUACGCCAUGGAGGAAAUGUUGCCAUAGGGACUGUGGUAGAAUAUGACCUGGAUCAUGUAAUUGCUGUUGUCGAAGUCACGUCCGCCCUUGAUGUUUAUUGCGUACCUCUCAGUUAUGCGGAGGAAUUGAUGCCUGGUAGAAAGGUUGUGGCAGUAGGGCGUGACAUCUCUGGCAAAUUAAUGGCCACAAGUGGGACACUUACUGCUUCAGGCCCUAAAGAUUGUGGACACCUUAUGUUCUCUACAUGUAAAUUAUCUGAGGUUAUGCAGGGGGGCGCACUUUUUGAAUUUGAUGGGAACUUUGUUGGCAUGAACCUUUUCUCGAAUAUGAAAAGACCCAUAUUCAUGCCAAGGGAUAUAAUUUCUGAUCGUUUGAACCAUUUACAGACAUCCAUGGAAAAGAUAACAUUUCUUGCGAUGAUGAAGUCAGUCAGGCAUAGAAAAAGACUCACAGGUGUGGAACUUCGCUCGUAUCCUGAAGGUAGCAUGAAUGUUAAUACUUUUGAAGAAAAGUUUGGCGACAAAUAUCCUACUGGUGUCUGGGGUAAAUUCAAGAAAGAAAUUUCUUCUAACAUAUCUGACAUUGUUGUCGCACUUGCUUCGUUCCAUGGUGAAUCAAAGUUCUUUGCAUGCACAGGAUUUUUCAUUAACUAUGAUGGAUGUCCGACUAUUCUGACCUCAGCCAGCUUGGUUAGGGAUCCCGAUGGCGCAAAUGAGAUUGUGAGCGGCUUAAGGAUUGAGGUGUUGCUUCCAAACAACGAACAGACUGUAGGGGAAUUGGAACAUUAUAGUUUACAUUACAAUAUUGCUCUAGUCAGCGUCAAGAAUUACAAUGUUGAGUGUCCUGUGAAGCUGGAACCUGAGUCGAUAUGUUAUGAUGAAGUGGUAGUAGCUGUGGGCCGUUUCUUUGAAUCAGGUAUAUUAAUGGCUACAAGUGGGAAAUACAUCCAAGACUAUGACGAGGUGUCAAGCGAUUUGGAUUGUGAAUAUCUUUGGUACACUACGUGUAGAACCACUAAGGUUGUUAUUGGAGGUCCCCUUGUUGAUUUGAAUGAAAAAUUUAUGGGCAUCAAUUACUAUGAUAUAGAAAUAGGAACCCCGUUCCUGUUUUUUCUUGAUAUCUAG